CAAGCAGAUCAGCUAACAACAUUUGCCGCCCAAUGCUAACAACAAUGGAGGAGAGGUUAAUAGCGGCGGUGUCCGACUAUCCCGAGUUAUACAAUUCCACAAUAAAUUCGUAUAAAGAUGCUGCUAGAAAAGCCAAAGCGUGGAGAGCAGUGAGUCUACAAGUCGAAAUACCAGAGGAGGACUGCCGCAGGCGAUGGAAGAGUUUACGGGACAUGUUCAUCAAAGACAAGCGUGCAGAGCAGCGUAGGCGAGCAUCAGGAACGUCUCACCGCAGCUGGAAGUACAGCUGGCAGAUGUCUUUUCUCACACCCUUCAUCCAGUCCAGAUCUCUUGCGGCGGACGAGCCCGAAGAAGACAGAGACGACGAGGACAAAGACGAGGAGAGGACGGCGGACGGGAACUCAGCAUUCGUGGUGCAGGACUUUGAAGGUGAUCAUGGAAUGCUGGAUGGGGCGUCGCAUUACUCUGCGUCAGGCUCGCAAGGAUCGGGACGCAAGCGAAAGUGGCACAUGGAGGCCAAUGAGGACUUGGAGGACGAGAUGUUCUUGUUUAGUUUACUGCCGUAUCUGAGACGACUGCCGUACGCCAAGAAGAGCGCGGUCAAAUUAAAAAUACACCAGCUGCUGUAUGAGGCAGAGUUUAAGUGAGCUUCUAUAUGGGGCCGGGAUAAUAAAUCCAUGCAUUAUGAAUCAAUAAUUACUUUUUCUGAAUGCAUUGCUGUUCUCUCUUGAAUUAAUUUUGAGAUUAGUUUUUACCAGCAGAUGGCGCUGUGUGCUUUACAAACCUGUCUCACUCUGACAAUCCUUACACGUAUCUUUUAAACGCAAAAUAGUCAUCAUUAAAAUAAAUAAAAAAUAAGUAAUAUUAAAAUAAUAAUAAAAAAUAAUAAUAUUACUUACUAUAAAAAAUAAGCGAGUUGCAAGUGUUCGUAGUGAGCUGUUUACAUUAAUCCUGUUGAAUAAACUCUAUCUGCUGUUUGUAAACAAGCCUAGAGCCCCAUCUGCUGUUUUAAAAGUAGCCUAGAGCACCGUCUGCUGUCUAAAAACUAGCUUAGAGCGCCAUCUGCUGUCCAAAAACUAGCCUAGGGGGCUGUCAGCUAUUUAAGAACUAGCCUAGAGCGCCGUCUGUUGUCUAAAAACUAGCUUACAUCGCCGUCUGCUGUCCAAAAGCUAGCCUAGAGUGCUAUCUGCUCUCGAAAAACUAGCCUAGAAUGCCGUCAGCUGUUUAAAAACUAGCCUAGAGCGCCAUCUGCUGUCUAAAAACUAGCCUAGAGCAACAUCUGUUGUCUAAAGAUUAGCCUAGAGCACCGCCUGCUUUCUAAAAACUAGCCUAGAGUGCCGUCAGCUAGCUUAUGGACAGCAGAUGGAUGGCGCUUUAGGCUAGAGUUUAGACAGCAGAUAAUAAUCUAGGCUAGUUUCAACAUGAAAAAACUAGCUUAGAGCGCCAUCUGCUGUUUAAAGACUAGCCUAGAGUACCAUCAGCUAGUUUUUAAACAACAGAUGGCACUCUAGCUUAGUUUUAACACCAGAUGGUGCCCCACUCUGUUGUAUCUAGGUGGUAAACUAGCCUCGAUUGUCAUCUGGUGUUUAAAAAUUAGCCUAAAGCACUAUCUGCUGUUUAAAACUAGCCUAGAGCCCCAUCUGCUGUUUUAAAACUAGCCUAGAGUGCCAUUUGGUUUUUAAAAACUAGC